UACCCUUAGCAAAAGAUACGUGCCUAGUCUGUAAGUGCUGAGAUAAAUUUAAGUUGUUUUGUAUAUUUUUAAUAAAUAAUGCGAAAUUCUACAACACCAACGCACACUCUGAACUUCCCGGAGCAAUUAGAGUGUUUUGAAUUUUGUAAUAGUGAUUUCGCAUGUAAUUUAGUAGCACUUGCUAGUCAUAAAAAGAUUAUAUUGGGACUCAUAAAUUUGCCGGAAGAAUCUGGCUGCUUUGAUUGGAAACGUGUGAAGGACUUGUAUCACGAAAGCCGUUGUGUUUCAUUAUGUUUUGCGCCAGAAACUUCAAUGGCAGUAGUACCCAAAUCGGUUAUAUUUUGCGCUGCAGGUUCAGAUUUUCGUUUGCGUGUAUUUCGCACAGAUUUGCAAAAUUCUGACACUGUUCAAAUACUCAAUGGUCAUAGUAAUUAUAUCAAUGAGGUUAUAUGGGAUUGCAAUAGCGAAUUCCUGGCAUCAGUUGGCGACGAUAACACUUGUCGUAUUUGGGAUACAAAGUCAAAUUUUGAAAAUACUAUAACAUUUCAUUUGCAAUCAGCUGGUAUGUCGGUAAAAUGCCACCCGGAGGAACCACGUAAAGUCGUUGUGGCAGAGAAGAGGGGCGUCAUACAUUUAUACAAUAUACAAUCAGAAGCAGCCAUAAUAUCCGUAGAAGCGCAAAAGUCGCCACUAAAAUCAGUGGAUUGGUGUCCAUUAAAUCGAAUGUGCAUAACAGCGCUUGUAGCUGGCGAUAUAAUAUCGUGGGAUUUGCGACGACCAACACCAAUCGAUAUAAAACAAGUACAUGAAGAUGGUGGACAAAUUGUACGCAUUGCGCCAAAUGCAGAGACUGUGGUAGCAAGUGUUGGACGUCCUGAUGUAGCAGUUAAGGUUUUCACCGCAAAAUCGCGUAUACCCUUGGUUGAUGCCACGCUUAAGCUCUAUGGUGGCUUGUCUUGGCACCAUCGAUUGCCCUAUAUAGGUGUGGCAACAGAUCGUAAAUUAUGCUUAUGGAAGUUGCAAAUUAAAUAAACUACAAAUGUGCUUGUUGUUUGAUAAA